GUCUCUCUAACCAAAGUUCAAUGUCCGAGAAAGUCUCCGGGCCUCCAAAAUGGAGCUGAAGGAUCUGGCUGUGAACGCGUUGCUCCAGAAUAAGAAGGCGGCUCUUCUGAUCGGCGGAGCCGGCGUCGCUGUUCUGGGACUCGGGCUCGGAUAUAAAUACCUGCGAAAGCCAGAAAAAGUUGUGCGUGUAGGCGUAGUGUCGCAGCUGCUCAUUCACCCUCUCAAAUCCGGCAGAGCGGUGUCUGUGGCUCUCGCAGAGUGUCAGAACAUCGGCUUGAAGUUCGGGGAGCUGCAGGAUCGACACUGGCUGGUGGUGACAGAGGACGGUCACAUGGUGACGGGCAGACAGGAGCCCCGUCUGGUGCUGGUGUCUCUGACCUGCGAGGGAGGUCAGGUUUGUUUGAACGGACCAAAUAUGGAGGAGCUGAGGUUCCCCGUCAAACAGCCCGACAACCCCGUCAUCGACUGCAGAGUGUUUAGCUCCGACAUUCAGGGCCGGGACUGUGGCGAGGAAGCGUCUCAGUGGCUCACUCGCUAUCUGGGGGCAGAGAAAACCUUCCGCCUGGUGCACUUUGAACCCCAGAUGAGGGCCAGGAGACCCGUGGAGAUGGAGCCUCUCUUCCCACAGUACGAGCAGGUGGCGUACCCAGAUGUCGGACCUGUGAUGCUGCUGUCGGAGGCCUCCGUUAAGGACCUCAGCGGCAAGUUAGAGAAGGACGUCACUGUGGACCGUUUUCGCCCAAACAUUGUGAUUGGUGACUGUGAUGCAUUCGAUGAGGAUUCGUGGGAAGAGAUCCAGAUUGGCAGCGUGCGACUGCAGCGUGUAAUGUCGUGUGGAAGAUGUAUUUUCACCACAGUUGACCCUGAAACUGGUAUCAUCAACAGAAAAGAGCCUCUGGAAACACUGAAAAGCUAUCGUCUGUGUAAACCGUCCGAGAAGCACAUCUACAAGUCGUCGCCGCUGUUCGGACAGCUGCACACCGUGAAGAAGACGGGGAUCCUGCAGGUCGGCGACGUGGUGUACAAGAUCAGCCGCUGAUAGAGGGAGUCGGAGAGGGUAAAACAUGGUGUCAGAACAUUCAGUCGCUUUUCUGAAGGAGGGAGAAAGUCGCUGUAUAAUCACUGUGUUAACCCACACUAAAGAAAGCCCUUACAUAGAUGUACUACGCACAAAUAAUGAAGAAAAAAAGUACAAAUAUGUAACAGUUGUAUUAAGUUUAAAAUACAUCAAUAAUCAAGUUGUUUUUUUUAUUGCUAUAAUACUAAUGGAAUCUGAAUUAAACACAUUUCUAACAACUGCA